AUGGACCAAGAAAAAGGUCGCGUGGCAGAAAUAUCGCGCUUCUUGAAAGAAGAGGUCGUAUCACGACAUGCCGACUUGCUUUUGUUUACCUGUUGCUUGACCUCUGGUCUUAUAGACAGUACAAUCUACAAUGCUUACGCCACAUUUGUCUCGAUGCAAACCGGAAACACAAUUUUCGUCGGACUAGGCACAUCAAAUCAAAACUCCAGCCCAUACGGUUGGGCUCGCUCAUUGACAUCUAUCGGAUGCUUUGUAUUGGGAGCAUUUUUCUUCGCUCGGCUCAACCAGUGGACAGGAGCACAUAGGCGGGGAUCCCUUAUGCUGUCGUUCUUCAUCCAAGCUAUCCUAGUCAUGAUCACUGCCGCCCUGGUACAAGCCGGUGUUAUCUCAAGCAUCAUGGGCUCAAGAGACUCGCAAACUACCACCAAGUGGGACUCAGAGGUGCCAAUUGUUCUCCUCAGCUUUCAAUCCGCAGGGCAGAUCGUCGCUAGUCGAGCUUUGGGGUAUAAUGAGAUUCCCACCGUCGUGAUCACAAGCCUCUUGUGUGAUCUGAUGUCUGAUCCAAAGCUAUUCCUCCUGCGUAAUGAGAAGCGAGAUCGGCGCCUCACAGCGUUUGUUCUCACUCUAGUUGGGGCUAUCAUUGGGGGCUGGAUCACUAAAGCGACAGGGAGAAUUUCACCAGUACUUUGGCUGGGAUCGGCGAUUAAGUUCUCGGUAGCACUGUCCUGGGGGUUUUGGAAGAGAAAGAAACCUGCAUAG